CUCCGCUUUGCGCUUUUUUUACACACUAAUUAUUUUUCCUUGAUUACCCAGCAUUUCGCGCGCAAUUACAAUGUCAGACCCCUUUGUUAUUGUUCAGGACGAUGUCGUUUCGUCGUUCGAGCAGGCCAAGACUCUACUGGCGUCCUGGCAGCGACUCAACACCAAGCGGCGCUCUCCGCAAGAGGAGAAUGAGUUCCAGUUUAUGACCGAUGAGCUACACAGCUCGCUCAAAUCUAUAGACACCGACCUUGACGACCUGCAGGAGACCAUAGCCGUAGCCAGCGACUUCCAGAGGACUACGGGCUGUCACCAGCAAAGCUGGCCGAACGCCAAAAGUUUGUCACAACUAAGCAGAGAGCCAUCGAGGCAUGCGGAGAACGCUGAACCAACCGCCACCGCAGAUGACGCCGAUGAGGGCUCAGGGCGGUGGGCGCGCGCAGAGCGAGCAUUUGGCGCUGGAAGUUAGCAACCACCAGGGGCAGCAACAGAUGCUCAUGGAGCAGCAGGACGAGCAGUUUGACUCGAUGCUCGGCACUGUGCGCAACCUGCAUGGAAUUGCGAGCACGAUGAACACGGAGCUCGAUAGCCAUGCCAUUUUGCUCGACGAGUCAGCGACCUGGUUGACCGCACGCAGAGCAAGCU